AAUCCAGAAACAAGCCAGGAGGAAGCUGGGGUGCCUCUUAUGCCCUGGUUUCAGAAGUGGCACUCUGUCAUUUCCUGCCACAGAACAUAUUUACUGGAAACAAGUCACCAGGGUUAGCCUACUCUCAAGAGAAGGCGAAUGAAACAUGAUCUCAUGGUCUGCAUACUGUUGUGUUCAUGAUGGUUCUGAGUGGGGCACUGUGCUUCCGAAUGAAGGAUUCAGCCUUGAAGGUACUUUAUCUGCACAAUAACCAGCUGAUGGCUGGAGGGCUGCAUGCCGGGAAGGUCAUUAAAGGCGAGGAGAUCAGCGUUGUCCCAAAUCGGACACUGGAUGCCAGUCUGUCCCCCGUCAUCCUGGGUGUUCAGGGAGGAAGCCAGUGCCUGUCCUGUGGGACAGAGAAGGAGCCAGUUCUGAAACUUGAGCCAGUGAACAUUAUGGAGCUCUACCUCGGGACCAAGGAAUCCAAGAGCUUCACCUUCUACCGGCGGGAUAUGGGCCUCACCUCCAGCUUCGAGUCAGCUGCCUACCCAGGCUGGUUCCUAUGCACUGUGCCUGAAGCAGACCAGCCGGUCAGGCUCACCCAAAUCCCUGAGAAUGCCGCCUGGGACACUCCCAUCAUGGACUUCUACUUUCAGCAGUGUGACUAGGGCUGCGUGGUCCCCUACAUUCCCAAGGCAGAGGCAGAUCAGGCAGUGUGGUGGGGGUCAGGUAGUGAUGGAGGGUGACUUACUCCUCUCCCUCCCCUCAAGACUCCCGCUUCUUACUUAGCAGGCACACAGCGGUUCUCUUCUCCCUUCUCCAGGUUCCCAGUAAAUUCUUCGGGUAUCCGGAGCUCAGUGUGUAGACUCCUUCCACACUGGACGGUACUACCUCUGGUGUGGGACUAGUACAAACCACACAGGACAAACAAAACAAAACAAAAGAUUGCCGUGUGAGAGAGUGGUAGGGAUUGUUAAGCAUAGAGAGACCUAAUCAGAGUUCCCCCUAGAGGGCAGGAGAAGGAGAGGUCACCAAGGUCUUUGGCUGGCUGGGCCCCUCCCCUCAAUCCUGCUGCUGACAUCUGCUGCCUCUUUCAUCCCUGCCUUCAUUCUCUAGCCCUGGGCUGAGGGGUUCAUGUUAGUAUAGAAGACAGAAGAUGGACGGAUACACUGUCCUGGUUUGAACCCAGAGGUACAAUAAAAAUCCCUGAUUCUGGUCUCUACUCAUACAGAAAGAUGCUCAUGAACAUUAGCUUGGAAGAGCUUGCUACAAAGCAACAUAUCUUGUAUUUUCAUCUUUAUUAAAAUGUACUUUUCUGUAUUGCAUAUUUUAAA